AUGGCCGACAAUGGCAGCGCAGCGCCUCCUGUAGGCCAAGAGAACAUCAACACCGACAUCGUCACACUCACUCGCUUCUUCACAGAAGAGCAGACCAAGUACCCCGAGGCCUCGGGUGAUUUCACACUCCUGUGCCAUGCCCUGCAGUUCUCCUUCAAGUCGAUCGCCUACUACAUCCGGCGCGCGUCGCUGAUCAACCUGACGGGUCUAGCCGGCUCGUCCAACACGACAGGCGACGACCAGAAGAAGCUGGACGUGAUCGGCAAUGACAUUUUUAUCUCGGCCAUGCGCGGCUCCGGUAAAUGCCGCAUCCUCGUCUCGGAAGAGGAGGAAGAUGUGAUCCGGUUCGACGAGCACCCGAACGCGCGCUACGCCGUGGUCUGCGACCCGAUCGACGGGUCGUCCAACCUCGACGCCGGUGUGUCGGUCGGCACCAUCUUCGGUGUCUUCCAGCUGCCAGACUCGGCGCUGGGUCCCGGCAAGACCGUUGGCCCGGAGGUGCUGCUCAGCCCGGGCACCGAGCUCGUCGCCUCGGGAUUCACCAUGUACGGCGCCUCGGCGCAGCUGGUGAUCACCAUGCGCGGCGGCGGCGUCAACGGCUUCACGCUCGAGAACUCGCUGGGCGAGUUCAUCCUCACACACCCCAACAUGCAGCUCCCCACCAAGCGCGCCAUCUACUCCGUCAACGAGGGGAACAGCAUGUACUGGGACGAUUGGUGCCAACAGUAUUUCCACAGCCUCAAGUUCCCCACCGGCAAGAACGAGAAGCCGUACAGCGCGAGAUAUAUUGGCAGCAUGGUGGCGGAUGCCUAUCGGACUCUGCUGUACGGUGGUAUCUUCGCCUACCCGGCAGACUCGAAGAGCCCCAAGGGCAAGCUGCGCAUUCUGUACGAAUGUGCUCCUAUGGCUAUGUUAUUUGAGAACGCUGGCGGUUUGGCGGUCAACUCGCGCAUGGAGCGGCUGAUGGAAGUUGCCCCGGAGCACAUCCACGACCGGAGCGGUGUCUUCCUUGGAUCCAAGGAUGAGGUCCAGAAGGUUAUCGAUAUGUACAACAAGUACAAUAAAUAA